CUCGAAUGAAGCGCUACAUUGAUCAGAGUAACCUUGACCUGCGAAGUGUCGUUUACAUAGCAGCAAUAGUACCACCAGAUGCAGAGAACUUCUUAACUGAGCAACAUUCGCCACCAGAUGCAAGGAUUUACGCAACUUGCACACAAUUAGCUCUAAAGGAUUAAUGCCGUGUGCCUACCCGGCUAGUAAGCAUACAGAGGACAGACCCCGCAGCCCGGGAGGAAGCACCCGUUCAACUCCACCGAAUGAUUUGCUCUCUGUGAUUGCCAGCGCAACCCAGGAGAAAUUUUGGGAGGCCCAUUCUAUUGUGCACAGCGGUCAUAGUGCACUUCGUGUCGAUGGAGGCAGCCCGCUUCAUCUUCUGGUGCUAGCUACAACAAAGCUUGCUCAGUCCGUCUCUUUAACAGAAGAGGUUUCAGAGGUAUUCCAGGAUUACGGGCCACCACCCCCAUGGGUUAGCGCUGCCACAGCUCUGUUGUAUCGGUUGGUGGUUACCGGAAAAUGUGCUAUUAAUGCUCAAAAUAAAGAUGGCAAUACGGCUCUCCAUCUGGCUUGUCUAAAGCCUCAUACUCAUUUUUUGGUCCGUCAUUUGAUUCGCUUGGGUGCGGACCCUGAGUUGCGCAACAACCGUGGGUUGCAUGUGCAUUACGACAUGAGAUCUCAUCGCGGAUGGCUUGUUAAAGGCAUGCCUGGUCUAGCAUGUGGUAUCUGGAGUGCAAUAAAGAGGGAAAACACCGUCAACAUUGAUCGUCAUCUGGCCGCGUGGUGUAGAACUGCUGCCUGCUUGCCGAAUGGCCAAACGAUGCAUGAAGUCGCCUUUGAAACAGGAAACUACGAUUUGGUCAAACUGCUGGACAAAGCAGAACGAACCAAUGAACUGGUCGCUGCAAGCAUGGCUCUCGAUUUGCAAUACGUGCAACAACUGCUCACCAGCAGACCAGGAAAAACUACGUGGGAUUUAAACACAAUGGAUUUCUCCUGUGAUCCACCACGUCCUCUUACUGCGGAGUUGUGGGUGUCUUAUGGGAACAGAGCAGAUCAGCUAAUUCAUCUACUGACUUCAAAUGGGUUCCUUGAUGAUCAGCUCUACAUAAGUCAACUUGAUAAUGAACUUAACGCAUUCGACACUUGUCCGUUUGUUAAGAUGGUGUCAGAAUCAACCAGUGUUCGUGAUCUGGAAAAGGCGUGGAAUCUGGUUGGUGAGCAAGAUUUCAGGGUGUCGCGCAGGAGACGAAGAGACCAAGCAACGUACUUACACUUUUUGGUGGAACGGUACUUCGCUCUACGCUCCCAACCAACGCUGAGACGAAGUAUUGUGCGUUUGAUGUUCCGUGUAGCGCUUGCCGGUAUAGACGUUCAAGCAAGAGAUGUAUUCGGUAGAACAGCCCUUAACCUCGCUGCAGUAUUGACCAUGGAGACGGAAGAGAGGGUGGCGGUUUCAUCUUCCCUGCUAACGCAAACAUCAGAAAGAGAGAGAGGAAUCAUGGAACUGGUUACCGAGCCGGAAUCAUGUGGACAGUCGGAAGGUGAGGAUGAGACGAAAAAGCGGAUCACAACCAGGAUACCAUGGGAUCAAAGUGACCACGAAGGCUCACGAAAGACUUUUCGACGGCGCGGGUGGUCCAAGACGAGGAGCUACAUUGGGCUAUCCGGAAGUCAACAGUUAGAACAAUGUUCCAUGCUGAGCUUAUACGGAUCCAUGGGCGAUCAAAUAUCCUUUGUUGAUAAACGAUAUGCAGUUAGGCUUCCAGAUCAACUUUUGUUAGGAUUCUUAAUGCAGCUGGGCAUUGAUAGUUCAAUGGGUGACUUGAGUCACGAAUAUGUUCUUCGUAAUUUCUACGUACCUCGAGAUUCCAUUGCUUCGAGGCAAUUACAUCGUCGGCUGCUACGUGUGAACUCAGAAUGGAACCAGCGUUUUGCUAUAGUCGACGGAUUUCCCGGCAUCUGGCCGUAUUUGGACAGCGCCAUUGUAGCAAUCGAUCGGUGCCAACCUCCUCAGGUGAUCGACUGCAUGAUUUCAGAGGUGGAGCGGGCGAUAAGAGCACAUCUGGUACGUCUUCGGGCCAAACGGUGGGACUUGGACGCAGUCGAUCUAGCCAGAGCAUCUCUACCACAAUAUGUGUCACAUCACCAGCCAUCCUGCGGUUGUGGGGUGAAAUCUGAGGACAGAGCAACAGUACACCAAAGUAACUUGACUUGCCCGAGGUUGAGACUAAUACGGACACUACAGUCCUUCGUCGGAGCAACGGAAUUCGCGGCGGCAGCCAUGGCGGGCGAUCUGACUAGAAUGCAAAGUUGUUUGGCGAUGGGGCAAGGUCCAGAAAAGGUCAACCUGCACUUCGAGCAAUUCUACGAUGGUGUCGACGGCAACCUGAGGGCCAGAUUCACAAGUCGCCCACUGAUAAUUAAUGUGAUGGAAUACUCCACUGCAGGAGCAGUGGAGAAGAUGAUUCGAGUUGGAGCUGAUCUUGCUGAACUGUACACAGUGGCAGAUGAACUUCCCACACCGGUAGCGUUUUGGGCGUUUCGUGCUUCUGUCAGUUUGCAGACCACCUUGGUAGUUUCGAAAUUGGCAUCAACUAAUCUGCGCGAUGCUAACGGGGCCAGCAUGCUGCAUCAUGCGGUGAAUAUGCUUCAACAUUUGAGACCAGAGGAUCAUAACGGGCGAAGCUGGAUAAGUCUGAUCAUUCUAACUCUUCUAAAUCGUGGAAUCAAGCUGGAACUGCGGGACUGCUGGGGUCGCACAGCUCGGGACAUAGCCACAAACACACCACUGCACUUGUGUGCACACAUGGGAGAACAACCACCGCAGACGAUUUUCCGCACCUUAGAGGAGAAUGCACCUGAUCCGUACGAACUACGGGAGAUUACUGAUCCAACCACUGGCAUCAUCCUAUCACCUGAAGCUAUCAUUGAUCGAAGGGUUGCACAGCUGGCCUUUUAUGGUCAGGUUGACGCUAUAGAAGACUUGAUUUUACACGAUUACAACUACAUAUGUGAAGCAAGUAUGGGAUUCCAGAAGCGACGUACUGCGCUAGAACUGGCCGAAGCCCGCGAACACCGCAGCGUGUUGGAUCUACUGAAGCACAUGGAUGUUUAUCGCAAACAAAUAUGGGAAUUACGGCAUUCUGUAAUCCAAGGCGACGCGGAUGCACUAAGUCGUAUGGCGUCAGAGAAAAAACUGCUUUGGAGUUGCGACCAGCGCGGACGCACGCUUCUCCACUUGGCAGUAAUUCACCAUCGGCAACAAGUAGCUUUACUGCUGGCUGACCUCUGUCCCGAACUGGCACAACUCCGUGACUGCUUUGGUCGCACUCCAAUGCACUAUGCGGCAUGUUUGAACGAUGACCGGUUCUUGUUUCGCAAACUGAGUGCCCAACUAGGCGGUGUGGACAAACAAAUGACAGAUUAUCGGGGAAUUUCCAUCGCUUCAUAUGCCGAACUGUUCAAGAAAGGUGUACCUUAUUAUACCACUUUGGUCCAACGAGAAUUUGAGGCAUGUCUGUCAGAAAAAGCACAACGUGCAUCUCAGAUUUUUACGACCGAUUCCGAAGGAACGAAGUCUGUGGACCAAGAGGGAAUGACGCCUUGA